CAGCGCGAGCUCAGAAGUAGCGUCACAGACAGUAGAGGAGGACACGCGCGCGCUGCCUCUAGAUGACAGACCUAACGUAAACAUACAUUUCCUGCCUCUUUAUCACCCUAACACAGUCUCUCCUGCUCACGGGAAGCCUGGAGAAGAAGAAUGACUGACGAAGGAAUGCUAAUCUCACCGUCGGCUCUCCAGGAUCCCGGGGAUGGAGCGAAACCUGAAGACAUCAGUAUGGAUUGUACGGACGGGGAAGAUGAAUUGUGUUUGGAAGAGAUUUUAACACUGUACAGUCAGCCGAUCAAUGAGGAGCAAGCCUGGGCCGUGUGUUAUCAGUGUUGCAGGUGGUUAACUCAAAAACAGAGACGGAAAGAGACAGGUGGGCGUCCACCUGGACGGAUUGCGGGGCCUGGAGAUGUGAGGAUCCGGAAGGACGGGACUGUGAAAUUAUAUCAACAGAGCAGUCCAGAUAAACACAUCCCGCCCAGUACAUCAAUAGAGAUCAUAGAGUCUCUGGGUAUAAUGAUCUACAAGGCUUUGGAUUACGGCCUGAAGGAGCAUGAGGAGAGAGAGCUCAGCCCUCCUCUAGAGCAGCUCAUCGACCUCAUGACCAACAUGGCAGACACAGAAACAGACUGUCCUGAUGAGGGAUAUGAGGCAACAGAGGAAGAGGAUGAGGGAGAUGAAGAACUCACAGAAGUCUCCAACAUCCGUGGCUACCGUGACAUCAUUUCCCUGUGCACGUCUCACCUUCCCAGCCCAUCAGAUGCUCCCAACCACUACCAGGCCGUAUGUCGAGCCCUGUAUGCAGAGACCAAGGAGCUACGCACCUUCCUAGAGAAGAUCAAGAGUGCCAAAGAGAAUUUGCGGAAGAUGGAAGGAGAAACAGAGGAGCCUGUCAGAGACCUGAAUGAGCUGCAGAAUGCUGACUGGGCACGGUUUUGGGUGCAGGUGAUGAGGGACCUGAGACACGGUGUGAAGCUGAAGAAGGUCCAGGAGCGUCAGUAUAACCUUCUACCCAUCGAGUUCCAGCUCACGCCUUAUGAGAUGCUCAUGGAUGACAUCCGCUCCAAACGCUACAAACUUCGCAAAGUCAUGGUCAAUGGUAACAUUCCUCCGCGGUUAAAGAAGAGUGCUCACGAGAUCAUAUUGGAGUUCAUUCGCUCCAGACCUCCACUGAAUCCUGUUUCUGCUCGUAAGCUAAAGCCUCAUCCAACAAGACCUCCCAGUCUUCAUGAACGUAUCCUGGAAGGGAUCCGGUCGGAGAGAAAGCUCAGGCCCGUCUCACCUGAUAUGAUCCGUAGGAGUCGACUCGUAAUGCGCCCACUUAGCAUGUCUGUCAGUUUUGACUCAUCAGGUGCAGGCAAAAGUAUGAGCACCCCACAGGACUUGUUCCGAAGCUCAGACAUCCCUGACGGACACCGAAAGUUGGCCGUCAGCACACUGUCCCUGGCCAAUGGCACGUCGCCAGCUCGGAGCCCCGUAAAUGGUGUAGCCGGAGGUCAGCCGCUGUCCCAGAGAAAGAGGUUGCUCAAAGCGCCUACGCUGGCUGAGCUUGAUAGCUCCGACUCGGAUGAGGAACAAAACACUCGGACGUCUGACAGCAGCUCCAGCGUAUCCGCCUCUCUGGUUGAGGACACGUCUCCAGAGUCCGUCAUGGCCAAAAAAACUCCUCCGCAGUUCCUGCCCAUAUCUUCCACCCCUCAACCUGACAAACGCAUCGCUCCACAGAGGAGGCACUCCAUAGAGAAAGAAGAUCCCACCAGCGUACGGCCUUUUCUGCCUCCGUCUCGCCAGAACUCCAAAUCUCUGUUCUCUUCGGACAACAAGGCUCACGCACUAGGCAGCGGUCGUGCGGAGGAGUUCUGCUACCCCGUCGAGUGCCUGACUUUGACCGUAGAGGAGGUGAUGCAUAUCAGACAGGUUCUUGUUAAAGCAGAGCUGGAGAAGUUCCAACAGUAUAAAGAUGUCUAUAAUGCGCUAAAGAAAGGAAAGCUUUGCUUCUCAUGUCGGACGAAGAAGUUCUCGCUCUUCACCUGGUCCUACACGUGCCAGUUCUGUAAGAGGCCUGUUUGUUCACAGUGCUGUAAGAAGAUGAAGUUGCCCUCCAAGCCCCAUGCCAGCCUGCCCAUCUCCUCUCUGGGCCCCAGCAUCCUGCCCAAAAAGGAGUCUGCAGUGUCAGCCGCGACAGAGAAGCCCUCCUCCACAUCCAGCCACAAGCGUCACAGCCUUCAGCGCACAAUGUCCAGAUCAUCAAAGCACGCUGAGCGCUCGUCCUCCAAAGACGAGCUGGAGCUGCCGGAGCAGUUCACAGAGGACUGGAGCAGCAUGGAGGUCUGCGUGGACUGCAAGAAGUUCAUCAAUGACAUAAUCAGCAACAGCAGGCGCAACCUGACCACCAAACGUGCCCGGCUGCACCGCAGGACCCACUCUGUCUACAUGUCCAACACCAGCUCUUCCAACUACAAACCCUCAGAACGGACUAUCAAAGAGGUUUAGGAUGUUACAUACUGUAUGAAAAAUACGCCCACUUUUGUUAGCUUUGUAACGUUCCUUCAAUAUCACUUCUUUUCCAUUUAAAAAGUGCCAGAGGUGAAGGAAUAAAGCCAUCCCUCUUCCAGCAUGAGUCCUUAAGCACCAGCCUUCUCAGGAAAAGGUUUCUUCUGUGAUUAAAGCUUUGGAAUGUAGUUUAACACACUUUAAAUUGACUUUGACCAGCUUUUCUCAAAUGAACACACAUUUGAAUGAAAUGACAGUGUGAAAAAAGAUAUUGCAAGGCUGCUUUGAUCACUGAAAGACACAAGGCCUGAAUGUAAAUUUUUCAAUGGAGCUCAAUUGUAUGUGAAUAGUUGCUGAAUGCUCAGCCUAAAUGUAAAUAGGCAUCCAAACUGACUUAUUUUCCCCUUUUAGGAAGUACUAGUCGAUUGCUGAAAGACCAAGAGACUGUAGAUUUAUUCAGCCUCCGCAACAAUUCAAGAUCAAGUCUUACCAAAUGUUUUUCUUAUUGUUUGUUAAAAUUGCUGCUGUGAUUGUGACAUGGUCCAAACGAAUGCCGCUUUAGAUAAUUACAGAAAGUACUUACAGAUAAAUAUAUUUUUCCUGUCUGAUGGCAGUGUUUUUGAGAUUUUAGUCAAAGAUGAGGGUCAAGAAGUGUUUUUUAAGAGCUGAUGCUGAAAGCUGUAGUGUUUCUUAAAGGAGUGAUCGGCUGUGCCAAACAAAUCUCCACUAUCUGAGCAAUAUGUGUCUUGGACCUGAUGUACAUAGUCAAUAACAUUUACCGGAGAUGGUGACGGCCCAAAGGGGGAAGCCAGUUCUCUCUUUUAUAUAGGAAGUGACUUUUGUAGGAUAUGUUUAUGUACAUGCUGUAUAUCCGAAUCUCAUCUGAUCCACUUAUCUAUUAAAAUAGGCUCUAUUGUUCUAAAGUUAUGAUUUAUAUUAUUAAUAAUGAUUAUUUUAUUUUUCAGUGUCAAAUGUUGCUUUCUUUUCAUGUUCACUCAACAACUACAAAUAUUUUGUUAUUUUUCAGCUGCACAUUUAUUUUGACGUCUUAAAACUUUGUAAAUUAAUUUAUAAUAUAUUAUUAAUUACUGUUCUGUGCAAUGAAACACCCCAGGAGACUUUAAAUAUGAAGGUACUGAAGUCAUGUCAGGGUUUUUGGAAGGAUUGUUUCUGUUUGUCCUUAAA